GGGAAGAACAUUUGGGAAGCGGAAGCACCGUUAUAAGCAUGAACAUGCUCUUUUCAAAUCAAAGCAACCUUAUUAGGCCUCGAAUCGUUUGUUCACAUAAUCAUACAUCAUUAGGCAAUCAAGAUGUUUAUAAGACACUAAAAGAAUGGAAUGAUGUUAUGAAAAGUUCAGUUGGUAACGAUUAUAUAAUUAAAAAGAAAUUUCUAGAAGCAGAUAAAAUAGCCGAACAAUUGCUGAUUGUCUCAUCAAAACAUUUAGCUUUAUUGUUAUCAACACACAAAGAAUACCAAAUACUAUUAAAGCUUCACCAAGUCAGUUGGUUGAUUAACUGCCUUGAGGAUUGUGAAUAUAGAUGUAUGACGGAAUAA